AUGCCUCCCCUCAAGUCAAAAGGCCAAACUGUGGACAAAAAACCGAAGGCCGAGGAGGUAAAACCAGAAACCAAACGGCAGAAAAACGAGAAGAACUCUGAAUCCAAGAACACCCAGCCGUCGCCUAAAGGGAGCAGCGAAAGCAGCGACGGGGAGGCGGAGGUGUCCGAUUCACUGAAGGACCUGAAGAGAGACACGGAGGGGCCGACAGCGGGAGAGGAGUCCGAUAAAGAGCCCUCGGAGAGAGCAGAGACGAGGAGCGCGACGGAGGAGGAACCAGACGAAGAGGACCAUGCAGAGGAGGUCCCAGAGUCCGAGGCGGCCCACAGCGACAGCAGCGAUGGAGGAGAGGAGGUAAGGAAGGAGCGCACGCCUGAAAGACAAACCACUGGUAGAGGCGUACGCGGUGGACGCAGACAGUCACCGCGGGCCACCGAACCUCCGCAGCGACAGAGAGGCAGGAUGUUUAAGAAAACAAAAGCAGAUAAGCAGGCGGAGAAGGCUGAGAGGGCCAGGGCCAAGGCGGAGACGCAGAGGGCUGAAAAGGAAGCCAAACAAAAGGCAAAGGAGGAGAAGAAGAAUAAAAAGAAGAAGAAGAAGCAGGGGGCCAGCGCGGAGCCGGAGAAGGUCGAGCCGCCGGAAGGUCCGAACAAAACUGAAAAAGCAAGGAGCAAAGCACAGCUCCUUCUCCUGGCCAACAAAACCAAGAACAUCAAACAGGUGACCGUUGCCUCAGACACUGAUCCCGAUGAGGAAGAAGAUGAUGAGGAGGAGGAGGAGGAGGCCACUCCGACCUUAUUGCCGGCCACCAAAAGCCGAAGCCAGCUGAUAAUUCUCAAAGCCAAAAGCACAAAACUCAAGACCAGCCUCCUGUCCAAAGCAGCAAAAGAGGGCCAAAAGGAGGCGGGCGACCCCUUGGUGAAUCCCAGCGAGGAAGCGUCAGAAGGUGAGUCCAACAAGGCCAAUGAACGCUUGCUGGCCCGAAAGAGAGGCGUGGCCACUCUCCGUCGAGUGUCCGGCUGGAUCAAUAAGAAAAUCCCCAAAAGCUUCACACUGAAGACAAAAAUGGUUCCUUGGUGCAAAGUCAUCAGCAUCUCCAACUGGAUCUCCCUUCGUGCCCUCAAACCGAAGGAUGGGACCAGAAAGUCAAAGGGCAACUUCCUCAAACACAGGAUGGCUAUGAGAAUGGCAAGUAAAACCAACCUGUCCAGUGUGAGGAGCAGGAGCGAUGGGAAGGACCGGCGGUGCACAGAGAAGGCCGUUCCUCAGGGACAGGUCGGGGAAGGAGGGGACGAGACGGUCCCUGUAGGGGACAAGGAGCUAGAGGCCAAGUACGCCGUGGUUCUCCCCAGGAUUAACAAACCUGGACUGGCCAAAGCGCUAACGGUGGCCUCCGCCCCUACAAACAGCACCCUGACUCCAGGUUCUGCCACGCCUUCAACCCCCAAACCUCCUAAGCCAGGAGCCCGCCUCGUGCUGCCUGUAAAACCAGACCUCAGCCUCUUGAAGUGCAUCAAGAAGCCCGUGUUAGGAGGCUCGACGGCCGGUGGCGAGUCCGUGGAAGGGGGCACCGUCUCGGGUGUCAGAGCGACCGCGGCUCCCUCAGUGCCCGAGGGAUCGUCUGACAUCCACGCGAGAAGCCGUCAGGCCCCCUUGGAAAAUCAAGACGGCGUCAGCGUGCUCCAGGCGGCUCGAGGGAAACUGGGAACCCGCAAUCUCAACCUGACCAAGACCUCCCUCUUGGGGGGGUCCUCUCCCGCCUCGGGACCGGCCCGGCCUCGGGGGCCCGACCCAGAGAGGGAGAUGCCGACCAGGGGGCCCAGGGCCACAGCUGAGGCGGUGGUUCAGAACGGAGGGACGGGGAGGAUGGGGGCGGGAGCCACCUAUGAGGAGGAGGCAGACCGGGAAGUGGCCCAGUUGAUGUGUGAUGACGAGGCCACGUAUGCCGCCGGCCAGCCGGAGAUCCACUGGGCUGGGUGCGCGCAGAUGACCGGAGACCCUCAGGACUGGCUGCGGGGGGAGAACCUUCUGCCCCAGCAGACCGUGGAGAAGCUGACCAGGCGGACGGUCUACGACGACGACGACCGCGGGCGGGGCCUAAAGGUGCCGGCACACAACGGCAGAGGCCCCUGGGAGUCGGAGGACCCCGCCCAGGACAUGCUGGAGAGCCGACUCAACAGCACCCAGGUGGUGAUGGCAGGCAGUGAACAAGCGGUAGAGGUGGAUGAGGUUGAGGAUCUCGCCCAGCUUGACGAAGUGUGUGAGAGCUCUGUGCUUCUGAACCUGAAGAAGAGGUUUCAUCGAGACUGCAUCUACACGUACAUCGGCGACAUGCUGAUCUCAGUGAACCCCUUCAGGCCUCUCCAUAUCUACACCGAGGACAGCCGUCUGCAGUACCAGGCCAAGGCGAAGCACCGCAACCCCCCUCAUGUGUACGCCAUAGCGGAGGCUGCCUUCACACACUCACAGAACACUGCCCAGGAGCAGUGCAUCGUCAUCAGUGGCCAGAGUGGAUCGGGGAAGACAGAAGCCACCAAGCUGAUAAUCCACUACCUGUGCUCCAUGUACCAAGGCAUGCAUGACAACCUCCGCCAGCCCACGGAGGUGCUUCCCAUCCUGGAAAGUUUUGGAAAUGCCAAGACCAUCCUGAACAACAACUCCAGCCGCUUUGGCAAGUACCUUCAUAUCCACAUCCUCCAAGGGGUUGUCGUAGGGACCUCGCUGUCCAAAUACCUCCUGGAGAAGUCCAGGGUGGUCUUUCAGGCGCGGGAGGAGAGGAACUUCCAUGUGUUCUAUGAGCUGCUUGCCGGCAUGAAUGACUGGGACAAACAGGAGGUAUACCUGCAGGGAGCAGAAACAUACUACUACCUCAACCAGGGGGGUGCGUGUGACCUGAGGGGGAAGCAGGACAAGCAGGACUUCCAGCUGCUGGUCCGCUGCUUCCAGACCAUCGGUCUCCACGGCGACCAGAUCUCCACCAUCUGGGCCAUCCUCUCCUCCAUCCUGCAGCUUGGCAACAUCUGCUUCAGCUCCUAUGAGAGCGACUCCUUCGAGGUGGCCCGUAUCUUCAGCGAGGCCGAGGCGCGGCGGGUGGGCUCCCUGCUGCAGAUCUCCUCCGAGGCCCUGCAGACCGUCAUCACACACCGGGUGACCGAGACUACCUAUGACCGGAUAUACUGCCCUCUGUCGGUGGAAAGUGCCAUAGAAUCCAGAGAUGCCAUUGCCAAGGCGCUGUAUUCCGUGCUCUUCGAUUGGUUGAUGGAGGAGAUCAACGAUUGGCUGAGCCCCAGUGAGAUGGACAGCAGUGUGGGCGUGGUGGACAUCUACGGGUUUGAGGAUCUGGGCGUGAACAGCUUCGAGCAGCUCUGCAUCAACUUCGCCAACGAGCAGCUGCAGCAUUUUGUGAACACCGCCGUGGUCGCUCAGGAGCAGGAGGAGUACAACUCGGAGCAGAUCCCCUGGUACCCCAUGCAGCUAAAGAACUCUCACUCCUGUCUGGAGCUCAUUUCCUCGCGGCCGCACGGCAUCCUACGCAUCCUGGACGACCAGACCAGCCUGCCCCAGGCGACAGACCACACCUUCCUGCAGAAGUGCCACUAUUACCAUGGCAACAGCCCGUACUACGCCAAGCCCAAGAUCCCUCUGCCGGUCUUCACCGUUUACCACUAUGCCGGCGCGGUCACCUACCAGGUCCAUAACUUCCUGAACAAGAACCACGACCAGUUCCGGACAGAGGUGGUAGAGCUGUUCGCCCGGAGCCGGCUCAAAACGGUCUCCGCGCUGUUCCGGAAGCUUCAGGACGGCUACGCGCAGCAGAGGGAGCUGGGCUGGAGGGGGAGGGGCCUCCGACAGCAGCCCGCCACCGUUGCCUCGCACUUCCUGCAGUCCCUGAGCGAGCUCACGACCCGUCUGGAGAGAUGUAAAACCACUUUCAUCCGUUGUUUCAAGCCAAACUAUGUCAAGCUGCCCGGUAUCUUCGACGUGGACUACAUGUCGGCCCAGCUGAGGCAUGCUGGGAUGCUGGAGACCAUCCACAUCAGGAAGGAGGGCUUCCCGGUCCGCAUCCCCUACGCCAGCUUCAUGGAGAGGUAUGGUGUGCUGUUGCCCGUGCGGACCGAGGGGGUGUCAGACCGGGACCAGACCGUCUCCGUCCUGGAGAUGUUUGAUGCCGAGGAAGGGCAGUAUGAGCUGGGGGUCACCAAGGUGUUCCUGAAGGAGCGUCUGCACCAGCAGGUGGAGGAGAAGUGGAGCAGCACCCAGACCUGGGCGGCUGUCACCAUCCAGAGGAACAUCCGCGGCUUCAUCUGCCGCAGGAACUUCCGCUUCUUCAAGCAGAAGGCCAUCGUCAUUCAGAGCCACAUCCGCGGUCACCAGGCCAGGAAGUACUACAAGAGACUGAAGCAGUCCUUCACCCAGUUCUGGGCCACCAUGCUUAUCACCAGGAACACUAUCAAGAGACGACACUGGAGGAAGAUAAACAAGGAGAAGAGCAGACUGAAAGAAGCCAGCAGGAAGAAGUCCAUACCUCCCGGGAUGGACGUGGGAAUGUUGGAGAUCCCGGCGGAGCUGUCGGCGAGGCUACGCGGGGCAGCCGGUCAGCAGCACGCGUCCAACGUGACGGAGGUGGCGCCCCCACUGGUGAAGGCCGAGAACAGACUGACGCUCCCGGCUGACGUGGACAGCUACCCGUUCUCCCGCUACGCCCUCUCCGCGCUCCAGGACACAUGGAGCCAGCCUCACGGUUACCCCUUGCACCGACCCCUCACCAGCCUGGACCCCGACGACGCCCACACAGCCCUGGAGCUCCACAAGCUGAUCAUGCGCUUCACCGGCGAGUCGGAGCUCAGCGGCUGGCAGGAGCAGCUGCUGGGGAACUACAUCGUGGAGAAGGCCCAGGCCCGGCCGGCCCUCCGGGACGAGGUGCUGGCCCAGCUGGUCCACCACACCUGGGGAGAGGAGGGGCAGGCGGGGGCGCUGAGGGGCUGGCUGAUGCUGGCCUGCUGCCUCAGCGCCUUCGCACCCUCGCCGGCCAUGGACAAGCCCCUGCUCAAGUACGUGUCGGACCGCGGGCCGGGGGAGUACCGGGCCCUGUGCCAACACAAGCUGCUGAGCUACCUGCAGCUGCCCAGCCCCGCCCCGCGCCUCCAGCCCCCCACCCAGCUGGAGUGGACCGCCAACCAGAGGAAGGGCAAGAUGGUGCUGGACGUGGAGACCUUCAACGAUGAGAAGUUGACCUCAGAGGUGGAUUCCUGGACGACUGGAGAACAGCUGGCCUCCUGGCUCCUCUUGUACAGAGGCGUGCCUGAAGCCCCCCUGGGCUGGUCUGUGUCUCUGCUGAACGACGACGGCUGGUCGGACCUGGCCGGCUGCGACUUCGUCAUGGACCUCCUGUCCCAGGCGGAGGAGGACGCGUCGCCGCUCGGAGACUACAGCUACAGAGGAGGAGGAGGGGGAGGAGGAGGAGGAGGAGGAGGAAGGAUGGAGUUCACCGACCAGGAGAGCUACAUCCCCGCGGCCCCCGCCAUGCAGGCCCCCCGCCUGCCCAUGUCCGGUGACGCGUGGAGCCGAGAGCAACCGGGUGCGGCACGUGUUCGCCAAAUGGACGACUAUGUGGAUGACCUGUUUGACUCUGUUCUGGAACCAGGAACCCCAGACAAUGAGAGGGUGGCCAUGUUGAACCGAAGGAUGAGAGGAGCUGGAGGAAUCGGACCAAUGCAUGGGAUGUAUGGAGCUGGUAUGCCUAUGACAAUGCCAGGCUAUCCCGCUGGGAUGCCAGUCAACCCAGCCAUGCAGGGCUACGGUGGAAUGCCUAUGAUGCCAUCCAUGCCAUCCAUGCCAUCCAUGAUGAUGCCCCAGAUGGCAAUGCCUGCACCUCUGAUGCAGAUGGAUCCAGCCCAACAAGCUCUCAUCAACCAGCAGGCCUUGCUCAUGGCCCAGCAGAUGACCACGCAGGCCAUGUCUCUCUCCGCGCAGCAGCAGCAGGCCCAGCAGCCCAAGGUUAAGCCCAUAGCGGAGCGGUUCUCCAGGGACCGAGAGAGCGAGAGAGACAGGGACCGGGAGAGGGAGAGGGAGAGGGAGAGGGAGAGGGAGAGGGAGCGGGAGAGGGAGAGGGACAGGGACAGGGAGAGGGAGAGGGAGAGGAGGAAGGCACGUAGCCCCUCGACCUCCCCUCCCCGCCCCGUGUCCCGGCCCAAGGUGUCCCCAUCCAAGCACACCCCGAAAACCAAAAUCCGUGAGCCUCAGCCGGAGAAACACGUGGACGACUCUGAUCCGGAAGAUCCAGAAAACUUUAGAGACAAGAUGAAUUACUUCCAGAAGAAAGGCACUGAGCCCUCAGCCAAAGCCCCGCCCUCUAAGCCUGCUCACUCCCCAGCAAGAAAACCCUGGAAACCGCCGGCCUCUUCCCCUCCAGCCCCCGCCUCCCCACCACCAUCCCCAAAGCCCCCGGCCCUGCGCCACCACUCCCCCCCGCCCCAGCGACGCCCCUCGGUGGUCCCCUCGUCCCCCCAGACCGAGCCCACCACCAGCAUCCGGGACAUCAUCAAGAUGUACAACAGCCGCCCCGCGCCCGAGCCCAAGCCCUUUGAGCCCGUCAGGGUGCCUGGCCGCCAUUUUGUCAAGAAGAACGACCCCAAGGAGGAAGCACUGGCCAUUCUCAAAAGUAAAGGACCUCCACCAAAGAAACAUUGGCACCCGCCCCCUCCCCCGCCCAAGGCCCCGCCCUCCCCCACGGCCCCCCGCUCCAUCUCCAACAGCAUGCGGGAGAAGCAGGGCUUCCUGGCCAACCUGUUCGCCAACAAGCUCGCCCAGAACCCCCCCCCGGCGCCACCGGAGCCUCCUCAAAACAGCUGGAGUCCGCCCCCCUCCCCGCCGCCGUUCAUCCCAGAAGCGCCCUCCAUGGCGGCCCCCUCUCUAAAUUCGAUGCCUGAUGACAGCGGCAUCCGCACACAGCUCCAUCGCUUCAGCGCCAGCGUCUGCUUCUCCUACUCCGCCAUGAUGGGGAAGCUGUUCAUACGCAAGGAGGUGUUCUAUCCCAGAGAGAAGUUCAACCAGCAGUACGUCCUCAACCUGCUCUGUGAACAGAUCAUGCGGGACACGUAUUCAGACAGCUGCAUAAGGAUCAGCCGAGAGGAGCGCAGGAAGAUGAAGGACCUUCUCGGGAGUUUCCACGUCGGCACCAGCAUCAGCAGCAUCCAGGACGACAGCAUGAAGAAGAGGAUCGUCAUCGCAGCCCGCGACAACUGGGAGAACUACUUCACCCGCCUCUUCCCUGUAGAGGCCGGCAGCGGGGACACCCAGGUGCUGGGGGUCUGCCACCGGGGGGUCCGCCUGCUGAAGGUGGUCAAGGCCUCAGGGAUCAACCCUAAACACCUGCAUCUGCUACGGAGCUACAGUUUUGCCGAGAUGCUGUCUGUAGGGCUGAGCCAGAGCAACACGGUGGAGCUGGAGGUGAAGAACGAGACCAUCCAGCUGCAAUCACCAAAAGCCCCGCAGAUAGUCAGCAUGAUGCAACUCUUCCUCAGGGAGCUGAUCAAGGACUCGAACCAUGUGAUCGCCUGGAAGAGCUACAUCACAGACGACAAGAGUCUCCUCAGCUUCUCCAGAGGGGACAUCAUCCAGCUGCUGCCAAUGGAGAGGCUGCAGACAGGCUGGCGCUUCGGCACCUUUCGGGGCCGGUCCGGGCUCUUCCCCGACGAGCUCACCCAGCCGUCCGCCGCCCCGGACUACCACCACGUCCACCUGGAGCGCCGGGUGGAGAGGAGCAAGAGCAUGAGGGCGCCCGCCGGAGCCCACGGUCAGCGGCCCCGCAGAGAGGGCUCCGUCCAGGGCUCCGUCCAGGGCUCCGUCCAGGGCUCCGUCCAGGGCUCUGAGAUGGAGCUGGUUCAGCACGGCCUCAUUGGGUUCGCCACUAGGUUCUUCAGGGUGGACACCGACGGCCUGCCAAAGACGGGGCGCGACUUCGCAGACAUUGUUCAACAUUCAGAGAAGCCCAUACAGCAGUCCCUCAUCUUCUACAAUGACCCUGAGAACAACAGCAAGGCGGUUCUGUGUUUCACCAACGUGAUGCAGUUCAUGGGAGAUAUGGCGCUGAAGAAGAAAGGAACUAAGGCGGACUGCCUCACUCACAUCCUAUCGCUCGGAAAUGAGAAAGAGUCGUUGAGAGAUGAGAUCUACUGUCAAGUCAUGAAGCAGAGCACGGGAAACCCCCAACAAGAGAGUUGCAUGCUGGGAUGGCAUCUGCUCCAACUGGUGACUGGUUUCUUCCCCUGUUCCACUACCCUGCAGCCGUACCUCAACCAGCACCUCCAACACAUCACUCAGGACCCCUCCCACGCCUACCACGAGCUCGCCAUCAUCUGUCAAAACAACCUGCUCCAGUCUCUGAGCUACGGCGGCCGCCGCAACAUCCCCUCACGUGUGGAGAUUGAGGCCACCCUGGCCGGUAAAACCACCAGAAGAGUUCCUCUGCAUCUGCCGGGAGGGGUGGAGUUCCCUCUGACCAUACGCAACUUCGGCGUGGUGGAGGAGAUGGUGGCAGGGUUCUGUGCGGAGAUAGAUGUGGUGAAUCCAGCCGAGCUCCGAGAGUUUGUCGUCCACGUUAACCGCGUCAAUGGUGGUGUGCUGCGAACCCUCAACGUGGCAGAGUACCCCUUUGACUUCCUGUUGGACGACAACUCCGUCUUCCUGUCGCUGCGGCGCGUCCUCUGGGAGACCCCGAUGAACUUCAACAACGCCCUGUAUGUGGAGUUCCACUACCAGCAGUUACGUGGGGACUUCCUGGACGGCAGUCUGAUACUGCCCUAUGACAGCGCCUUCAUGGUCCAGCAGCUGGCUGAGCUGUCGGCCCUGGAGCGAUCGGUGCAGGGUCUCCCCGGCCCGCCUUCACUGCAAGAGCUGAAGGCGCACCUCCCAAAAGACGACUUUGUCGCCAGCAACCUCAAGGAGAUCCACGCUCUCUCCCCGAACCAGAUGGCUGCCGUGGCAACGCUUGGUCCUGAAGUCGCCAAGAUGCGAUUCAUUGAUCUCCUGAGCACCAUGCCUCUGUUUGGCUCCAACUCCUUCCGGGCCGUGAAGGUCAGCAAUCGCAGCUGCCCCUCCCCCUGCCUGGUGGUUGUCAACAAGGAGGAGGUGGCAUUCGUGCACCCCAAAACACAGGUGCGGAGCUUCGCCGUCGCACUAGCAGACGUGCAGUCCAUGCGAACGAUCCGGGCGAAGAAGCACGACAAGAUCCUAGUGGUGGAGAUAAACUACGUCUACCCAGGGGGGCAGCCCGAGAAAAUCACCAUCCACCUCCAGCAGGCCAAGGAGCUGUGCCAUAUACUCGCUGCAAUCAUUGAAGAAUAUGUGCGGCCAUCUUCCAACGUUUAGCUCUAUACACCACCUGAGACCGGAGACAGCAGAAACAGCAGUUGUCACGAAUUCCAUCGGUACUUUGAAGAACAUGACAUGAGUCUGUCAACUUUAGUUAUGAAUGGCCAGCUGUUUAUUCUUUGAGACAUGCAUCAUUUGUUUAUCUCAUUCAAUUGCAUCCAAAUGGUAUACAUGGGUUCUCGCAGAUUUUAAUAAGUUAUUUAAAACGUUAUU